UUGAAUCCCAAGCCCUUUAAUUCUCUCUCCCUCUAACUCUCUCUCCCUCAUCCCCCUCCCAGGAUUAAAAAAAUAAGAGAGAGAGAGAGAGAAAUAGGGAAAAAAUGUCAAAUAAUCCUCCGCUCAAUCUAAACGCUAAUCUAUUUGGAUCCCAGCAGCCAUCUUCAUCCUCUCAAUCUCCUCAUCAGCAGCGAGAGAGGAAGGGGGCAUCGCUGGAGCAGCUGGUCCUCGAUUUGUGCGAUCGUGAUCUCAGAGAGUCUGCCCUUCUCGAUCUCUCAAAGAAACGAGAGGCGUUUCAAGAUUUAGCUCCAUUAUUGUGGCAUUCAUUUGGAACCAUUGCAGCUCUCCUACAGGAGAUAGUUUCCAUAUACCCUUAUCUUGCGCCUCCAAAUCUUUCACCGAGUCAAUCAAACCGAGUAUGCAAUGCACUUGCUCUCCUCCAGUGUGUGGCUUCACACCCAGAUACAAGGAUUCUGUUUCUCAAUGCUCAUAUGCCAUUGUACCUGUAUCCUUUUCUGAAUACUACUAGUAAGACGAAGCCAUUUGAGUACCUGAGACUUACCAGCUUAGGAGUAAUAGGGGCUCUUGUAAAGGUGGAUGAUACUGAGGUUAUUGGUUUUCUUCUUCAAACAGAAAUUAUUCCUCUGUGUCUGCGCACUAUGGAAAAUGGUAGUGAAUUGUCAAAAACGGUGGCGACCUUCAUUGUUCAAAAAAUUCUGCUAGAUGAUAUCGGGCUUCGUUAUAUUUGUGCCACAGCAGAACGGUUCUUUGCUGUAAUUCAAGUGUUAUCGACCAUGAUUGAAUCACUUUCCGAGCAGCCCUCUAUGAGGCUACUGAAACAUAUCAUUCGCUGUUGCCUGAGGCUAUCUGACAAUUCAAGGGCAUGCGAAGCUCUGAGGGACCAUCUUCCAAAACUGUUAACUGACAGGACUGUUGACCGCUGCCUUCGUGAAGAUCCUGCAACUGGUAGAUGGCUCCAACAGCUUCUAUUGAACGUCUAUGGAGAAAUCGGAGCAGCGGCUUUUCAGGGAGGAUUGGAACUGAUGAUGGGAAACUAGGGUUUGUUGAAUCUUUUCCUUGUGUACAAAUAAUAAUGUAUCAUAUGAAUGACAAUACAAGAUGUCAUUCAUAUGAUAUGAAGCUUUGGAACAACAGGAACCUAUAAACGACAAUAUAAGAUGUCGUUUAGAUGUUUGUUUACUGUGAUGUGCAUGUUUAUUGUUAUGUGCAAGUUAUAUUAUCUUAACUUAGUCCUAUUGUAACUUAUGGUUUUGCCUCUUGGGCUUUAUUUAGCAAAGUAACUAUAGAAAUCAAGAGGGUAUGAAACAUUCAGUGUAAGACUUUUGCAAAGUUGGCUCAAGUGGAGUUUGAGGAUAUCACUGUUUUCAUGUUUGUUUGAGUAAUGUAAUGUGGGGCAUGAGAAUUUUGUUUUA